AUGGAUGCGCUGUCAAAGAGAAUUAUAAAGGAGACACAAAAGUUGAUGAGUGAGCCUGCACCAGGAAUCAGUGCUACACCCAACAGUGACAAUCUUCGCUACUUCAACGUCGUUAUCACAGGACCUGCUGACUCUCCCUUCCAAGGCGGUAUCUUUCAUUUGGAACUGUUCUUGACUGAUGAUUAUCCAAUGUCUGCACCAAAGGUUAGAUUCUUGACGAAGAUAUAUCAUCCCAACAUUGACAAGCUCGGAAGAAUAUGUUUAGAUAUAUUGAAGGACAAGUGGAGUCCAGCUCUUCAAAUCCGUACAGUGCUGCUGUCUAUUCAAGCUCUGUUGUCUGCUCCAAACCCUGAUGAUCCUUUGGCAAAUGAUGUUGCCGAUCAUUGGAAAUCCAAUGAGAAGGAUGCAAUCCAGAAGGCUAGAGAGUGGACGAAUGUGUAUGCUGUACAAUAG